AUGGAUUACUAUAUCGCGUUGGUUUGGACCAUGCUUAUGAUUGGUGAAGUGAAAGCUGUAUCAUACAACCAGCCAAAAUUCUGCCCAAAUGCAUCAUGGCAUCCUAAUGCUACUACAUUUGCCACCGUUAGUGUUGUCGGUUUGUCUCCUUACUCUCUCUUCGUUGACACCAAUGAUACUGUUGUCACAGUGAAUCGACAUAAAAAUCAAACUCUUAUCUGGGCGAAUGGAAGUGUCAAUCCAACUACUAUUCUUCCCACGAUCUUCUCGGAUAAUUGGAGUGUGUUUAUAACAGAUACAAAUGAUAUUUACAUUGAUAUCAACUACAACUCCGUCAACUAUCGAGUAGAGAAAUGGGGAUUGAAUGGAACGCAAUCCUCGUCAAAUAUCACUGUUUCUGGAGAAUGUGGUGGUCUCUUCGUUGACAUCAAUAAUACUCUCUACUGUUCUAUGUAUUAUGUUUAUAAAGUCAUUAGCCAAUCAUUAAAUAGUUCAACAAGCAGUUCCAUCACUGUCGCAGGUGAUGGUACUCCUGGAUCUACAUCGACAAGACUGAAUAGAUCUAGUGGAAUCUUUGUCACAGUCAAUUUUAAGUUAUAUGUGGCUGAUUACGGCAACAAUAGAAUUCAAUCCUUUGAACUGGGAAACUUGACCGGAACAACCGUGUCUGUCAAUGUAUUGACAUCACCCAACACACUCAAUGGUCCAACAGGAGUUGUAAUGGAUGCUGAUAACAAUCUAUUUAUUCUCGACAGUUCCAACAAUCGUAUUGUUGGUUCAAGUGUGAAUGGUUUUCGAUGUAUAGUAGGUUGUUUGGGAACAAGCGGUUCAGCGUCCUAUCAACUGACUUCGGCGUGGUCUUUAAGUUUCGACAGUGCCGGAAACAUUUUUGUAUCAGAUUCCGGUAACGGUCGAAUUCAGAAAUUUGUUUUAUCCAAAAAUGAAUGUAAUCAAUCGACGACAACAAUAGCAGCAGCUGAGUUGACAACAUCAGUCGCAACUACAACUGACCAGUCAUCAUCUACAAGCCAGCCGAGUACAACAGACGAAUGGACUUCAACGUCGACCACAGGCAACAUUCAAACCUCUCCUGAUUCUAUCACAUCAACAACUGUUCUCAAUCAAACAGGAUCAACACCAACUACCACUAGUUUGUCUUAUUUGACCUCAGCUUUCUCUGCCAGCACUUCACUCGUCACGAUCAGUUUGAAUUCAUCCCACCUCCUCUUCAUUACAUCGACAUGUGCUGAUCAGCAAUGGACAGGCGUCUAUUGUAACGUUUCUAAUAGACCUUGUGAGACGAUCAAUCCAUGUCAAAACAGUGGCAGCUGUUUUAAUGAUAAUACUACUGUUAAUGCUUAUCUUUGUCAAUGUCUACAAGGAUUCGAUGGCCCAGAAUGUCAAAACGAUCGACGAAUAUGCAAGCUAAAUACAUGUUUCAAUAGUGGGCAAUGUAAUGAAACAUCCAAUCAGACCUAUGAAUGUUUAUGUGCAUAUGGUUGGGCAAAUGCACAUUGUGAGACUCAAAUCAAUUAUUGUGAAAGCAACAAAUGUCGUCAUUGUGAAGUGGUCGGACAGACAAUGAUUGCUCAUCAAAUAGCUGCCAAAUCGUUAGCAUACGUUGCUAUUAUAUUUAUUACUGUUUCAGUGAUGUUCUUUAUUCUUAUGGACGCUUUAAAAUAUGUUUUAGGCAUCGAUCUAGCAAAAGAAGAAAUGGACAAAAUAGAAAAAGGAAAAAAAGCCAAGCAGAAAUCCACUCGAAGACAACCACCAGUGUUCCAAAAGUUCGUCUACGUUGAUUCAGCAACAAGCGCGGGUCAAUAA